AUGUAUAAUAUAGCUUCCGAUUUCAAAGUUAAUGUCAAUAGUUUUCAAAGUGGAAGUACAGUUGGUGGAUUGGAUGUUUCAUCACCACAAUCGAAUCCUUCUACACCACCAUCGACUACAACAACAACAACAACAUCUUCAUCUAAAUCAAAUUCACCUCAUACCACACCUUCAAAAGACAAUGGAGGUUCACCACCGCCUCCAUUACCAUCGCUCAGUAAAUCAAGAAUUUUGAUACCGACUACCAUCAUUGAUAAUAACAAUAAUAACAAUAAUAACAAUAAUAUAGAUACAAAUAAUAAUAAUGUAAAGAUAAAUAGUAAUUCAAAGUAUAUACCAUUCUUUUCUGGUAAUCCAUUAAUAGAAGUAACAGAGGGUAUCAUUCAUUUGUUUGUUGAUUCCGAUUUAGCAAAACAAAACCAAACAUCAUCAUUAUGUAAUUUACCUAGUUGUAGAAGUAAUUUAAUUUGUGUAGAAUCAGUACCAUCAUAUAUGUCUAUACCAGAUUUAAUUCACUUUUUCUCACAGACAUCAGAGACAGUCUGUGAUAUGAAGAUCAUUAGAGAUGCAUCACCCAAUCGAUAUAUGGUGUUGUUAAGUUUUGUAGAUCAAUCGGCAUCCGAUGAAUUCUAUCAAUUGUACAGUGGAAAGAAGUUUACUUCGAUGGAGCCUGAAACAUGUAUAUUGCUAUUUGUAUCCAAGGUGGAAUAUCAGUCGCCGUCGAAUGGAUUUUUAAUCACUCCAACAGCAGCCACCUCUUCUUCGUCUUUGAUCGAGUUGCCGACUUGUCCAGUGUGUCUGGAGCGAUUGGAUUCGUCGGCAACCGGCGUCGUUACGGUGCUCUGUCACCAUACAUUCCACUGCGACUGUCUCUCAAAGUGGCGAAGCGAUAAUACUUGUCCGGUGUGUCGAUACGUGCAGAUUCCAGAGGUGGAAUCAAACAAUGUUUGUUCGAGUUGCGCAACCACCGAAUCACUGUGGAUUUGCAUUAUCUGUGGAAAUGUUGGUUGCUCGCGAUACGUCAACUCACACGCCAAUCAACACUACGAAGAGACAAUGCAUACCUAUGCGUUGGAGUUGGAGACACAGCGUGUAUGGGACUAUGCUGGCGAUGGUUACGUUCAUCGUCUGAUACAGAAUCGAUCGGAUGGCAAAGUCUUGGAAUUCCCCAAUCCCCACUCCAACUCUGACAACCGUUCCGGUUCACAUUUGAAGGAGGAGAAGAUAGAGUCGAUCGCUGUCGAGUAUAACUUCCUGCUGACUUCACAACUGGAACAACAACGCGCAUACUUUGAACAACAAAUACUGAAAAUCGAAAAAGACAACAUACAACACUCGAUUAUUUUCAAAGAGGAAAUCGAGAAGCUGAAUGCCAAGUGGCAAACCAAAUGCAAUAAGCUGAAACAAAAGUGCGAUGAAGUCGAUAGAGAAUCAAAAUUCCUCAGACAGAUCAAUAACGCCAUGAAGGAUAAUCAAGAUAAAUAUAAACAGAAAGAUGAAGAGAAAGAUGCAACCAUCAGAGAGCUAUCGGAAGAACUACGUGAUCUACGAUUCUUUAUCGAGGCACAAAAAACAAUCAGCGAAAACAAUGAAAUGAAAGAUGCUUCUCUUGUUGUUGGUGCUCCUCCUCCAAAGAGUAAAAACAAGAAUAAAAAGAAAUAA